ACGGAACUCAAGGACGUGGAUGCUUGCAAUAUACCGACCUCAUGCACGACUUUGGCGUCCUCGUCCUUCGCCAGUACUAUGCCGCCACGGGCUGGAAUGGUGAGAAUGGGUACGGGUACCUGACGCGCCCCAUAGACGCCCUUCUCGACUUCCCUGUCCCGCGCGGCCUCCAUCUCGCAGUUGCGAACUCCCCCAACGCGUCCUUCGCCACCGCCGCUGCCCUCCAUGCCUCCCCCGCCCUCGCUGCCGACGUCGCAUAUGCCGCCUCUUCCGCCCCCAUAGCCCUUCCCCCGUCCCCCUCGAUCGCCCUCCCCCAGGCCUCCUCCGCGUUCGCCGUCCCGCCCGCCCCGCGCCGGCCCGUGCCGAAGGACGAGGAGUGGCGCGCGGGCGAGCGCGUCGAUACGAAGGACUGGCUACUCUAUGGCCGCCUCUACGCACCGGCAAGCAGGCUUGACGCCCUCGCGGCCCUCCGCAUGUCCCCGACCAUGCACGGACUCGCGGCAGCCAUCUCGCGUCCUCCGCCUGCACCGAGCUCCCUUCUCGUCUCCGUACACCACGACACGGGCCCUUGGGCCACGGAUGCCAGCUACUCAGCCGAUGAUGGGAUGUGGGGUCUGCGCGUCCUGCACAACUUCUCCCCAAGGGCGCCGGAAGCGGCUGCCGCGACGCGGGGGGACGACGCGGCCUCGGCACCCCCGGCGCGCGUGGAUUCGGAGGACGCGAUGGGUGGGCUGCGCGGGCGGUUCAGCGUCGGGGCAGAACUGUACGUCUCUGCGCGCGAGAAGAGCGCGGGGUUAUCGACCGGUGUCCGGUUUACCACCCUCGACUUCGACCCCGCGCAGGCGCCUCCGCCUACCCUCACAAAUACCCAACCCUCCGAUCUCUUCACCUCUCCCACUCUUGCCCCUGCAGAGCCAACACACUCGUUAAUGUCCUCUCCUUCACCGUCUGCCUCUACUUCUUCGUCACAAUCCCUUCCGACGCUCUGGCAGCCGCCUACGGUCCUUACUGCACUCUUCAACCCCAUGCUGGGACACCUUUCCGCUUCGUACGCGGCAAGGGUUGGACGUGACGUUGCUCUCGCUUCCCGCUUUGGCUUCAACAUGUAUUCAUACGAGAGCGAGUGGACGAUGGGCGUCGAGUGGUGGCUACGCAAAGCGCCUGAUGAUGCGGACGAACCUGCAGCGGUUCCUCUACAGGACGCCGUGGAGGACGAUUUGAGGAGACCAGGUUUAGGGGAUGAGGUUGACAAAGUCGAGGGUCUGGAGGAAAAGGUUGCAUCGGCCGGUACACGAGCUUGGGAGCGGGUAACGAUGCGGGAUCGGGAAUCCGACUCAACUGCCACUACGUCUGCUGCAAGUCGGACAAACGGCAGUGCUUCCAUACCUCCAGGUACCCUCACCGGAGUCGUGAAGGCACGAGCGUCCACCAACAGGGAUCUCGCCCUCCUCUGGGAAGGCCGCGUACGCAAUAUGCUCGUCGCCCUCGGCGUCGUGGGCGAUUUCAGCAGCCGCACGCGCCCCAUCCGCGCCAUCGGGCUUGAGCUAGCGUACUACAGUGCAGACUGAGCUACAUAGGCAGUUUACUGGAUAAUGCAGACCACCAUUCCAGGGAGCUAAAGCGUCGUUUUAUUUGCAUCAUUGCCCCAACGAGAGCAGAAAUUGCACUCCCUCCUGUUGUCCCAAGGCGGCGACAAAUGCGGGAAUCUGGGCAAGUGUACUCGAGUACAGCAGCACGCUCUUUGCGACCGCGCGUUGGAUUAUCUACUAUAGGAUGCUUGCCUGUCAGCCCAGCAUCAAACACCAC